AUGGAUCUUUUUCAACAACAACAUUUAACUCUCCAAAAUGACUUGAUCAACUACUCCCAAUUGAUUCGUUUGCGUGAAACUCUGAAUCAUUUCAUUCGAAACCGAACCAGUAAGCAGCUACUGGCUCAGGAUAGUUCACUCAUUCAACAAAUUGGACAAUUUCUGACACGUUUCAUUUGUUGCGGAGGACAAUUACAAAGAUCCAAUGAGGUUGAAGCCAUUAAGAACGAUCAGGUCAUUGUCAUGUGGAGACACAUCCUGUUCGACUCUGACAAUGUCCAAAUUCGUCUGAACAUGUUUCCAGCAGAGUCAGAAACUUAUAUUCACAAUCACCGAAAUAAUUUAAUAUCCAUGUCUCUAAACGGCUCAUAUCAACACACCACUUGGACCGUUUUGACAUCAAAGGAAUUACCCAAAGAUGACGGUAGUUGUUACAUUGAAAGAGUUCGACAUUCGAACGGUUCUCUGAGUCAUGGAGAACUUUUAAAAGGAAAACUCCAAAAAUCAUGUACUUUUGAACAUUAUCCAAGUCAUUUCUAUUAUUUAAAUUGUCAAACACUGCACACUGUGAAAGUCAAAAAGCAAGGUGAGAGAAUGAUGAGUUUGUUUGUGAAAGAUAAAUAUGUAUUGAAUAAGUAUCAUGAAACAAAGGUGAUGGAACCAUACGACCUUUAUCAAAAAUCAGAUGAGGUUCUUUUUUCAUGCCUCUCUAGACAUACAAGUGUUCAACAGUCGUCAGAAGAAGUCUUGUCAGGUGAUGAGAAAAAUCUCGUGCUUGAGGAAAUGGAAUCACUGUUAAAAGAAGCUUUCUACUCGUUCAUCAGUAGAGAUGUCGUUGGGUCUAACAAGUAUAUCAUUCCUCGAUUCGAAACUCGUUGA